UGACUUGCUAGAUUAUACCAAAUUGUUCAGAACCGUGAAGAAAAUAAGCAAUUUAAUUUUUUUUUAUGAAAUUUGUUAGUCUAAUAUGUUGAAAUGCUUAUAUCGAUGGUACAUCGAAAUCUUUAUUUCUCGCGCUCAUGUGUGGUCACUGCUUGGAAUUUCUGAUACGUUUGAGAAAUUGGUCAAGUUCCCAUAUAUCACCAAUGGGUCAAGUUUAUAUCCAUUGGUCAAGAUCCUUUAUUUUACCCAUUGGUCAACAAAAAAGAACCCAACGAAAAAAGAAGGACAGCGGCAAGAUUUGAACAAAUGCGGAUUAUUCAAGUAUUCGGUCCGAAACCUCUGAUGUUCCAUCCCUUUUCAUUUAUGGUCACAUUGAUUAUCCGAAGGCGAUGCGUCAUCCUCUUACCUGCAAUUCAUUCUCCCAUCGUCUUAUGUCUAUUAGCCGUGAGUGCUCAAAUCAAAAUUGCCUACGAACAUUCCAUUAAGAAACAGGCAACUGAGGAACAAAUGUGGGCCGCCGGUGGACUUAUGCGAGAUGUGUGCCUACCGAAAUUCCCCAAAAUAACUAAGGAAAUUGCUGAUGGAAUUAGAGCUGGUACGCUGCCUAAUGAUAAGGAUGCCAAGUGUUAUGUUAACUGCAUUUUGGAAAUGAUGCAAACGAUGAAGAAGGGUAAGUUCUUGUAUGAAGCUUCGUUGAAGCAAGUCGAUAUCCUCAUGCCCGAUGACUAUAAAGAUGAAUACAAAGCUGGUUUGGCCGCAUGCAAGGAUGCUGCUGUGGGCGUUAAGAACAACUGCGAAGCUGCGGGAACUAUCUUCACCUGCUUACGGGGUCAAAUAACUAGAUUCGUAUUCCCUUAAACAAAGGGAUGUGGAAGAUAAAAUAACAACAAAUGUCAUUAUUGACACUUAAAAGGUACAAAUAAGAUUCCGCCGAAAUCUUCUCCCAAGAAAAAGAAUUAAAUAUAAAAAUUAGUAAAUUAUUACCUACUUACCUGAUUGACACAUUAGCAACAGUACUGUAUUUAUUCUAAAUUACAUGCAAAUACCAGAAAGACACCUCAUCAUUAUCAUUCUCAUUGAAAGUACUACAAGUACUUUGGAAAUGGGAAUUAUUAUUUUAUGACAUUGUGAGGAACUUGCGUGUCUAUUUCGAUUUAAGUAAGAAUAAUUGAAAAGAAAACAUUGUUAUACUUAUAAUUUAUUAUUAAUUAUAUAUGUAUACAGGAAUCCAUUCGAUUAUUUUAAAUAUUGUCUUCUUAACAAAUAUUUUGUUUUAAACGAUUAUUUAACGGAUGGUUUAAAUCAAGAGUAAAAAAACAAAAUAAAAAUAAUUUUAAAAAAUCAA